AUGUCGGGCGCCAACGGGGACCUGGACUUGCCGGUGGAGGUGGGCGCAGAAGGCGAGGACGACGGCUUCGGGGAAGCAGAAUAUGCUGCCAUCAACUCCAUGUUGGACCAGAUCAACUCCUGUCUAGACCACCUAGAGGAGACGAAUGACCACCUCCAUGCCCGCCUCCAGGAGCUGCUUGAGUCCAACCGGCAGACACGUCUUGAGUUCCAGCAGCAGCUUGGGGAGGCCCCUCCUGAUGCCAGUCCUUAG